AUGGCCGAAGAUCCCCAAAACGAUAAGCCAGUCACCGAGCAUGACAUCCCGUCUUGGAUGAAGAUCAGGGAAAGCGAUCCCGCCAACGUCACGCCUUCGUCCGCUGCCAUUCAGAAAGACCAAGCUUUACCAGAUGACACUUCGCUGCGCAAAUGUCCUUCAACCAUGAUCAAAUGCGUCCAGGAAACUGCUGCCUCAUUUCUUCCCCACGUCGAACGCAGCAAUUCCAUUCAGGAAUUCGCGGCCAAGGCACAUCAAGACUCAUCGAACCAGAAAGAGCAACUACUGCAAGGUGGCCCUAGAUGCCUCAAUGAGACCUACUCGAAAAGGAUGGAAACGACCAUCCUUCACAUUGACUACGUCGAGAUACUAGUCGACUUCCUCGUUUCUCUACUCGACUUGGAGAAGUGGCACCUCGUCAUUGGCGAAUUGUGGUUCUGUGCAAAGCCUUCGGGUGAUGUCAAGUUUGCCAAAGAGAAUCUUACUGGCCUCGGAGGAGACGACAGUGGUGUCUAUCACAUCCACUCGUCAGACCCGCACACCGAGACGUUGUGGUCGAUGGCACUGAAUGCUGCUGAGGUCUGGGCACGUACUAACGGUCUGGAUAAUGCGUCUCAUACUUUAUACGUGACCCUCAAGCAAUGGCCAUUGGAAUCAGAAUACCCAUACUAUGCGGACCUGAGCCACCUUCAACGCUUGCUUGCCCGUGUGAGGGCCGAAUCGAUAACAGAGACAAUAACAAGAGCAUCCUGA